UAAUCAGCCACACAACAAACCAAAUGGCUGAAAAGCUAUCAACUUUAGAAUCCUUAGUCCUGCUACCCAUCAAAACCAUCUUCACCAUAACAUGCUGCUGCAAACUCAAUCUCUGUAGAAGAGCAAGCAACUUUCAGUACUCGGAUUUCUCAAAACUCCCUUCCUCACCAAGCAACCAAGACUCGGUUCUGAUGUUCAACAUGGAAGGAGAACUGCUAAAGUCACCUUCAAUCUUCCCUUACUUCAUGUUGGUAGCUUUCGAAGCCGGGAAUCCGUUGAGGGCACUCAUCCUUCUCCUUCUGUACCCUCUAAUUUGUUUAGUAGGGCCAGAGAUGGGACUCAAAAUCAUGGUCUUUGUCAGUUUUGUGGGUCUUAAAGCAGGGAGCUUUCGAGUUGGAAGAAGCAUGUUGCCCAAGUUCUUCCUAAAGGAUGUUGGUCUCCAAGGGUUUGAGAUGGUGAUGAGGUAUGAGAGAAAAGUUGGGUUUACUAAUUUGCCUAGGAUCAUGGUGGAAGGCUUCAUGAAGCAUUACUUGGGGAUCGAAAUGGUUGUUGGCAGAGAGAUGGUGGUCUUUCAUGGCUACUUUUCUGGUCUAAUGGAAGAAAGGAGACCAUGUAAGCCGAGUUUAAGCAGUGAUAUCAUUGGGUUUGUGUUAGAAACAAAGUUUCUAACGGGUUUCUAGAUCAGAUCUAGAGAUUGGGAAUUUAGGGUUUAUAGAAUAGAAUUGGGGAUUUAGG